UUGGCACACGUCAGUGAUCAUAGAUGUCCAUGUACAUUUACCCUCAAAACCUAGAAAUAUGUAUCUCGACAAAUCACAUGUCGAUAUAAUAAAUAAGUUCCAGGGUCUUAGGAAUUAUUGUGAUUGUAACAAGAUUUUGAAUUUUAUCAUUACUACAUUUCCACGGAAGUCUUCAAUCAUUUUAUCAACCACUUACAUCGGUGACUUAUCUCUAAGUGUCUAUACUAUAAAUUCAGUACAAAAAGUCGAUUCGAAAAGUUUUUUUAAUUUAGUUCAGACCAAGGACUAGAAAAAAACCAUGAAGCUUUUUAUAGUUACAUUUACCAUACUGAUUCCUACCAUCUAUUGCCUCUCUGAUCAGGAAGAAUGGCAACAAUUCAAAACGCAACAUGGUAAAGCCUACAGAAGUCUCCUUGAGGAAAAGAUACGUUUCGAUAUCUUCAAGUCCAACCUCCGAAUGAUAGAUGAACAUAACGAGAGGUUCAGCAAUGGCGAGGAAACCUUCGAGGUGAGAAUUAACCAAUUUGGUGACUUGAGUCAGGAAGAAUUUCGUCAAAUGCUGAGCUUGCAGAAAGACCAAAUUCCCGAUCGCGGCGGCAACUUAGCAUUACUGGAUGGCAAUGAAGAUCUACCGGAAGAAGUAGAUUGGAGAGCAAGGGGCGCUGUCACCACAGUGAAGCAACAAGGGAAUUGCGGAUCUUGUUGGGCCUUUAGUGCGGUAGGAGCUAUUGAAGGUCAAAUCUUCCUGAAGAAUGGCAUACUAGAACCUUUGAGUGCUCAAAAUCUCAUAGACUGUGCUAGAGGUAAGUACCACAACGAGGGAUGUUAUGGAGGGUCGAUGAAGUCCGCUUUCAACUACACAAGAGAUCAUGGAGUGCUCACAGAUCAAGAGUACCCGUACGUAUCCUAUUCUGGCAAAGAGGGAAAAUGCAAGAAGCAAGGGGGAGUCAAGAUCAGCGGUUACAAGGUUACCCCAGAAGGAGAUGAACAGGCUCUAGCAAAGGCUGUUGCGUUAAUAGGACCAGUCUCUGUGGGACUGGACGCCACUCACAUGCAAUUCUACUCUGGAGGAGUAAUAACCAAGAAAUCCGGAUGCAAAAACGAACUUGACGAUUUGGACCAUGGUGUUCUUGUGGUUGCAUACAGUGAAGAUUACUGGCUCAUAAAGAACAGCUGGGGAACAACUUGGGGAGAACAGGGAUACCUCAGGCUAAAGAGAAAUGACGGAAACACUUGUGGUGUUGCCUCGAUAGUUUCCUACCCCACUUUGGAUUAGGAUACUUUUUAUUCUUUAAACUAGUAAUCUUGAAAUAAACGUCUUUACUAGCUUUUUGA